UUCUUUUCUUUUUUUUUGUUUUCCCUCUUUUCCCGAUUUACUUCCCCGUCUUUCCCAACCAACCGUUGUCUACUCUAUGUCGGAGACCGGCUCCAAAUAUUCUUAACCUACCUAUCCCCUUCUUGACCCCUUCAUACCUGGAGGUUUACUGAAUCUACGUAUUUUAUUGGGCGGGAUACAUUGCAUCGAUCCUUGAACUACUCGGUCGUAUCCAAGACCCAAUCUAUUGAUAUUUGGAGCGUUCUAAUUAACCGGGUUCUCGUGUCAGCCGUGGAACGAUGCUGAGGCUGAGCCCGCAAUCUUCCCAUCCGCAUUUUCAUGAUCUCGAUCUGUCGCCUGACUAACAAAAGGCCAGAACGGAACGAGGAACGAUUGGUGGAAAAUGCGGUGGGUCCCCCGUAUAUUUAACCAUGAGCCUAAACGUCUAAAACAGUGCAGAUAGUCUGGGGUGCGGGGGAACCCCAAGGGGAAAGUCCUGUUCUGGCUAACACCAGGCUCAAGGAACACGGGGAAAUGGGCAAAACCCCGGUGGGGCAAUGCUCUUUUCUAUCUCUUUGGCUGGUGUAAAGGGUCCGAGCGAAAGCUUCGAGGGCUUGCAAAUGCAAACCUAAUGCUAUCAGACAUGCUUUCUCCGUUGGUGACGGAGCAUCAGCUUGGGGGCCGCUGGCGACAUGGAAAGUAGAUAUGGAACCCAGGAUCCUUUUCCUCUCUUCCCCUUCUCUUUCCUGGUUGCUGACACGCCGAAAGCGAGUGGCCAACAAAGAGCCCUACCGAUCGCCAACCGUCAGUAUGAAGUUUCCCAAGACCUACAAUACGUAUUUCGUGGCGUUUAUCGCUACCGUUGGCGGCAUGCUCUUCGGUUUUGAUAUUUCGUCCAUGUCUGCCAUCAUCGGCACGCACCAGUACAACGAUUACUUUAAUAGCCCAAGCGGUAUCCGUCAGGGUGCCAUCGGUUCCUCACUGGCUGCUGGCUCCGUGGUUGGCUCGGCCAUUGCAGGACCCAUCUCGGACAGGAUUGGUCGCCGUGAUUCAAUUAUGUUUGCCUGUCUGUGGUGGCUGGUCGGCACAGCAGUUCAAACCGCAACCAAUGGCUUUAGCUCAUUGAUUGCGGGUCGUGUCCUGAAUGGAGUUUGCGUUGGAAUCACCAGCUCCCAGGUUCCCGUCUACCUUGCGGAGAUCGCAAAGAAGGAAAAGCGUGGUCAGCUCAUUGUGAUCCAGCAAUUGGCGAUUGAAUGGGGCAUUCUUAUCAUGUACUUCAUCGGUUACGGAUGCAGCUUCAUCACCGGCCCGGCUUCGUUUCGAACUGCCUGGGGUAUUCAAUUUGUGCCGUGCGUGUUCCUCAUGCUGGGUCUCCCCUUCCUACCACGUUCGCCACGAUGGCUUGCGAAGGUGGAUCGUACCGAGGAGGCCAUUGCGACUCUUGCGAAUAUUCAGGCCAACGGGAAUCGCGAUGACCCUCUAGUGGUCGCCGAGUGGGAGGAGAUCACAACCGUGCUUCAAGCCGAGCGGAACGCCCUUCCUGGCUGGCGCAAGUUUGUGUAUAACGGCAUGUGGAAACGAACUCUGGCCGGCUUCACCGUCCAGAUGUGGCAACAGAACAGCGGCGCCAACGUGAUGACCUACUACGUCGUGUACAUCUUCAUGAUGGCGAACCUGACCGGCAAUAUCAACCUCAUCUCCUCGGGUGUGCAGUACGCGCUCUUCAUCAUCUUCACAACCAUCAUGUUCUUCUUUAUUGAUAAGACUGGUCGUCGCCCUCUUCUAAUUUACGGUGCUCUUGCGAUGGGCUGUUGCCAUUUCGUAGUCGGUGGCAUCUUAUCGUCCGGCGAGUAUGUCCCCGGUGGCGUGGGCGGCAAUCCCAAUGUCUUGAUCAGAGUUACAGGAGCUCCCUCUCAUGCCGUUAUUGCUUUCUCGUACCUGUUGAUCAUCAUCUACGCUCUCACCCUUGCCCCCGUCUGCUGGGUCUACGCCGCAGAGGUCUGGUCACUCGAAACCCGCGCCACAGGGAUGGGUAUUGCGGCCAUCGGUAAUUGGCUCUUCAACUUCGCUCUGGGUCUCUAUAUCCCUCCUGGGUUCCAAAACAUCACUUGGAAAAUGUUCAUUGUCUUCGGCGUUAUGUGUGUCCUAGCCGCUAUCCAGUUCUACUUCACAUACCCCGAGACCUGCGGAAAGACACUCGAGGAAAUUGAAGAGAUGUUUUCGCCCAGUGGCCCUAAGCCCUGGCAGACUAAGCCCGGUGGUUCCAAGCUGGAUGCGCUUGUCGAUGAUGUUCGUGCACACCACAAGCAUAUCAACCUGGAAACCAAGGAGAUCAAGGCCGGUGUUCAGGAGACAGAAAGGAUUGCUUAAACCCUUCCAGAGUAGAGUGGCCCGGUGGAAUAGGGGAAUAGGUUUCCACCAAAUAAUUUGUUCUAAUUGUUAGUUAUUGCUAAGACUAUUACGAAGAUAAUACCAUAACUAAAAUUUGCGAGAUCAGUGCUAUCAAAUGAAUCUUACAAGUCAAGGGAGUUUGAGGAGCAAAAAUAUGGUCAACACAAAUGUGAUCAAG